AUGAAACUUACACCAGAGCUUAUUGAACGUUCACUCAGUUAUAUUAAUUCCGUAAAAGAUCGUGAACUAGAUUUACGGGAAAAUCUUGGUGUCACUAAGGAUCUAAAUGAUACAAUUGAUCUAACGGAUAAUGACAUUCGUGUUUUGGGAAAUUUUCCACUUUUACGUCGCGUCAGAAGUUUGUUACUUGCCAAUAAUCGUAUCACCCGUAUCGAUCCACAGAUAGCAGAAUUCCUUCCGAAUUUAACUACUUUAGUUCUUACGAAUAAUAACAUAACUGAAAUAUCGGAUCUAGAACCUCUGGCCGAAUGUAAAAGGUUAAAAUAUGAGUUGGAUCAUUUGGAAAAUACCGAGUGUGAGAGUAUUAGAUUUCAAGAGAGUGCGAGAUGUGAAGCCAAACAAUUAUUUGAAACGGCAAAAGGGGAACCUACUUCACUUGCUAGAUCUAUCUCAGAGACCGUAUCCAAAACUUUCGAACCUGGUGAAGGGAUGGCUGCAGCUGGUGGCGCAAAUCUUCCAAAAUCCAACUUACCUACACUUGGAAUGUCAAUAGAGGAACAGGCAAAAAUUAGAGAAGCAAUUCGAAAUGCCAAAACUCUUGAGGAGGUUUCGCGUCUCGAAACAUUAUUGCAGUCCGGGCAUAUUCCUGGUACAGGAAGACAACCUGGAGAUUUUGGACAGGGCGAGAAUGAAGAAAUGGAGGAAUAA